AUGGAUCAUGCAAUCACUUGGAUCUUGGAAAAUAAAUCCAUUAUAAAACAUGAUGCUUUGACCAUUGACAAAUCUGCGGUCGAUGGAGAUGCAGGGGGUUAUGGUAUAUUUGCUGAUCUCAGCUUAAUAGAUGACAGAAAAGAUGAACGUAAAGUGGAGUUGCUUAGAAUUCCACGAGAUGCUACCAUAUCAAUGGCUAUGAUCAGGCAAAUUCUAACAAGCGAUACAAGAGACAAGACGUUAACUUCUUUGAAAGAUCAUUUGGCUGCUUUUCUUACAGAAGAAUCUCAUCAAAUUUAUAUCAAUGAGACAAAUAUCAUUGUAGUAUUCCUUAUAAUCAAGGCAAUUAUAUCGAAUUCCGAGAUGUCAUCCCCUGGAUCAAAAGAUUUUGCAUCUUUCUAUACUGAUGAGGUUCUCCUAAAGACGCUUGUACCGCUUCCCGUAAACAAAUAUCAAGAAGAUAGUCAUAACUGGGAACAAUACUAUGCGGAAUAUAUGAGUUUUCCACAGCAACAGUUCAUUGAGGUACUUGAAGAAUUCAUCCAAAAACGAUUUCCUGGAGAAGAUCAUAGUAAAGAAAUAAUUUUAAUUUAUUGCAGUGUCAUCUCUAGAAUAUUAGAGAUCCCCGAGGCUGUUGAACCGGGUAGUGAUGAUUACGUAGUGAAUCCAACGUUGGUUCCGUUACUUGAUUUUGCCAACCACAGUAAUGAUAAAAAAAAUGCAUAUUUUGAUGUAGAUCGCAAUAACAAUGACAUUGUGCUAUAUUUAGACCUGGAAAAUUCCCCAGAGUCAAAAUUGAUCCAAGUAUUCAUAAGCUAUUCUCCAUUUGAAGAAUUGGUUCAUUUUGAACAGAUUUAUGGAUUCUUACCAAAUUCUAAAAAGCCCCAAAUAUUCUGUUAUCGCUUUGAUGAGAAUUUUAUGAAACAUUAUGUUUACAAGGAUGUUAAUGUAUCUAAAUUCUACCGCUGUAUGAAUAUAAGACCUUAUCUGGAGGUUGUAUUGAAAGAUGAUGAUGUUUUACUAAAUGAUUGUAUUAUGGAAUUUGCAGAAAUCAUACUGCCAUUUUCUCAGCACAUUAAAAGAUCUGAUUUAACACCUUUCAACUAUAAUGAAGAUCUUAAAACCUAUACGUCUACGAUUGUUAAUGAGAACGGAUUAGAAAAACAAGUAAACCUCACCAAAGAAGAAGCUAUAGAAUAUAUUUUUGGAGAUCAAGACGAGACAGAGAAUUAUGAAAGAACAUUAAAGGAAUGGAUAUUGCACUUUUUAAAAGAGUAUAUCAAUUUCCGCCUUUCAAAGAUGCUCCAGGUUAAACCAGAUUCCGAAACCUCUUCUUUCAAUAUAUUCUUGACCAAAGAGCUGUGGAUUCUACAGAAAUUAAAGGCUAGUAUUGAUAAAAACCAGCAUAUUACCUGGUAUGAAAAGUUUGCGGAGCGUUCAUCUGAAUUGCCGGAUGUCCCUUUCCCCCCGCCAUGUCGAAUUGACUAUGAAAACUUAUCGAGAACUGAAAUCCAGGAGUAUAUAGAUACCGAUUAG